AUGGAGUGGAUAGCGCAAGAAGAUGAAAAAGAAAAUCAGGCAGUGGCUGGAUUAUGUGAAGCGAUCCUAAGUGUUGCCGUGUUUGAGUUUACAUUUGAACAGUGGGAAGUGGUAGAAGAAGACAUACGUGCAGCCGAGGACAGGGAAACCGCCUUGAUAAAGGAAUUAGACAAAUUAAAAGAACAGAACACAACUGAAAAACAAACUAUUAAAGGAGAAGAGAAUGAGUUGAAAGUUCAAGACGACACUCAAAGUGUAGCUAAUGAGUUGAGAGACUUGGAGGAGGAAAUGGACGCAGCAGAACAAGAUGCAUCUAUGAGAGCAGCAGGUAAUGACGAUACAGUGCAGAAUUCUGAACUGAAUGGAGCUAUUAGCAAACAAACGAAAAAGGACAAAAAGAGGGAAAAAAGAAAAAUGAAGAAAGAGGAGAAAAUUCGAGAGAAAAUAGCUAAAGAGGAGGAAAAGAUUGUUCAGUUGUACUUUAAGUUGGUAGAUAAGAUUAUGAUAAGGUACACAAAAGAUGUCAAAUUACUACAUAAAAAGGAAGUUAAGAGGAGAAAACAGAUGGAGAAGACGGAGAGAAAAGCUCAAAAGAUGUUGGAGAAAGAAAUGAAGAAGAUGGAGAAAGGAAGUGUCAAAAAUGAAAAGAAGAAAAAGGCCCAAACUAUGGGUUUAAAGGAAAAACACAAUGAUAAAAAGAAAAGCAAACCAAAAAGAGAGACAGGGAAUAACAAGGGUCAUGAGAAGAAAGAGGCCAAAACUAUAGAUGUUAUAGAGGCUAAACAAAAUGGUAUGAAGAAAAGCAAAACAAAGAAAGAGACAGAGAAAAACAAAGAUGGAAAGAAGAAAGAGUCUAUGAAAAUUAAGAACGAAAACAUUGAUAAAAUGGAUACCACCAAUGACGGAAAGAAAAACACAAUUUCAGCAAACAUUCGUGCAUUUUUUCGAAUCUUUUCUUGUAUCAAACGACAGGAAAAAGACAAAGCUGUAGUUUAA